AUGGCAGAGACCGCGCCAGCAGCCGCCGCUCCUCCUCCUCCUCCUCCCGCCGAAGCGGCCGCCAAGUCCAAGAAGCAGCCGAAGAAAUCCGCCGCGGCAGGGGGCGCCAAGAAAAGCAAGAAGCCGUCCGGUCCCAGCGUGUCCGAGCUCCUGGUCACAGCCGUGUCCGCCUCCAAGGAGCGCAGCGGGGUGUCUCUGGCCGCCCUGAAGAAGGCUCUGGCUGCCGGAGGAUGCGAUGUAGAGAAGAACAAUAGCCGCAUCAAGGUGGCCAUCAGGGCUCUGGUCACCAAGGGGACCCUCACCCAGGUGAAGGGCAGCGGCGCCUCCGGCUCCUUCAAGCUCAACAAGAAGCAGCAGGAGACCAAGGACAAGGCGGCGGCCAAGAAACCUGCAGCUACUGCGGCCAAGAAACCCGCUAAAUCCCCGAAGAAGCCCAAGAAGGCUCCGGCUAAGAGCCCGAAAAAGGCUAAGAAAGCAGCCAAGAGCCCCAAGAAGCCGAAGGCUGCCCCCAAGCCCAAGAAGCUGGCCAAGAGUCCGGCUAAGAAGGCGGCCAAACCCAAGGCUGCUAAGAGUCCGGCUAAGAAGGCGGCCAAACCCAAGGCUGCCAAGAGUCCGGCUAAGAAAGCGGCGAAAGCCAAGAAGAGCGCGGCCAAGAAGUAACCGGCGCCGCCCGCACCUCUCCCCCAAAGGCUCUUCUCAGAGCCACCACCUCCUCCUCAGACGAGCUCCACUCCGCCCUUCUGCCCUCGUUCUCCGCUCACAGCGGGCGGGGGCUCCGGCUCCUCUGCGGGCAGGAAUAGGGGGCGGGUUAACCCUGUCAGCGCCGCUCUCUUCCGUCUAUCAGGGCCUCUCUGCUCGGCUGAU